AUGAAACGACAUCGUGCAGCGCCACCGCCAACGCCGGCGCAAGGCAACGCGACUAUCUUACAAAAUGGCCAGAAUGCUUCUCCAGCCGGUCAGACCAAACCCCCAAGCGUGACAACAGGACCAGCUUCGCAGACCGCCCUCGAAGCUAAGACCCCUGCUGCCAACCCAUCUCUACACAGGAUCACAGGAGCCCUCGGAGAAAUCAUCUGGUCACUCACCUGCCUCAGCGUGCCAAUGAUCGUCCUGACGGGAAUAUUCAUCGGUCUUGUGUAUGGUUAUCUUGUUUCCGAGGACCCCUUGACCUCCAACGACGAAGCAAUUUUCGGCGAGCGACCUGAAUCCUACGAUCAAUCUGUGUACUACUAUAUCAACUACAGCGCGACGCGGUUAAUCACGGUGUCUUCGUGGACCAGCACCGUCACAUCCUUCACGUCCACGUUCGUAAUGGCUCUCGUCUCGUAUCCGCUCGCCAAAUCCUAUCUGAGUAAAUCGGAAGCCGGGACGGCUAACGAGCUGCCCACGACGUAUCAGUUCAGGCUGAUCAUCGGCCUUCUCGGUGGGAGCUUGGGCUCCUUGUGGUCGUGGUUGGAUUAUUCGCUCUGGAGGAAACGCACCAGACAGACGAAGCUUUUGUGGGUGACCGCCACUGCUCUUCUAGUUUCGGUAUUCCUGAGCCUCGCAAUCCUCGCCGUUGACACAUGGCUACACGUAACCACGUCGACUGUUCCCUACGACAGGCUGUCACCAAUUCUCGCUCAGCCCAGCGCCUCAUACAGCCGAAUCCUCGACCCCUACUGCUGGAACACGACAUACGAUCCUGCAUCUAGCGGGCAAUGUAUCGGCGCCAUCAAUCCACCCGGCAACAGCAUCAACUUCCCCACCGCGUCUGAGACGGCUCGGACCCUGACGAAUCUCUCCAGCGUCAACGCGGUUCUGAGCUGCAGGCUGGACGAGAAACCGCUCGCUUACAUCACCACCGCGCAACGAGAUCCAAGCCUCGACUUCCAGGCAAGCACAUACGCGCUGGGCACGACGUGCAAACCGAGCACACGCGCGUGCAAUCUGCAGUGGGACUCGUAUUGCACGUAUGCAGGAGGGUGUAUAGCGGAUAUGGUGACUCCGGCUGUGACGUAUAACUGCGGUCCCAAUUUACAUGGGGACAUGCUGAAUAAUACCGGCACGCCGUUCAAUUCAAGCACUGGUAUAUCUCAAAGCCCAAGCAGCACCGGCUUCUUCCUGCAGUUAUUUGGCAAAGACAACUUCAUCGACCCCGUUGCGAGGUACGGCCACAACGAAAUCACGAUAAGCAAUCCAUUCUAUUUCGCGACCGGCGCCCAAAUAGCCACGACGGAAGCCCUGGCCGACGACCCAGAGGCUGCUCAGGUUUCUGACCGGCAGAGCUCGGGAUUCAUUCUCUCGUGCACCAGCACUGUGUACGAAUUGACGUAUAACUUCGUCAAUGGCAGCGUGGUCAAUGGAACAUACACCGUCACGAAUGGCACAUUACCCGCCAACAUUCGCUGGACACUUACCAAUGUUCAGGCUUACUCGCAAAAUUCGCUCGAAUCGGCUUGGAUCAGUGGUGCACAACAGUCGAACACCUCACAGGAGCUGGCGGAUUUCUUCGCACUGCGAUUCAGUGAGACGGCACUGGGUAUGGUCGUUGGCAUGACGGAGCCGGCGUCCAAUCUGGCAGAGCGGACACGCCAGCACUUACUGGUGGCACGGUUACCGAAAGCGCCGUUCUUCGCCUUGAUCGUGCUCAAUCUCCUGUAUGCGGCGCUCGGGGUACUGUUGGCUGUACUGGCAAUUGCAAGCCAGCCACGCAAAACACGCGAUUUACAGGCGCGCUUGAGCAUUGCCGGGCUGGUCGCUGCGUUAUUCGAACCCCACCACACAGGUGCAGGCACGCCACAUUCCAAGCGAAGUGACAGCGGUAUUGAAGGUGUCUUUGCAGAGUAUCACCAAAGAAAUCAUGAUGGCGCGAGAGUCGUCGUCGUGCACGCUGGAGAUGGCAGUCAUGUAUUUGAGAAGACGUCUUCCCAGCGCCUCACGAUGUCAGAUAAGAGCAGCAGAGGCCAGCAUACCAGUGAAGAACCUGUCGUUUCCACCACAAAUUCCGAGCCGCUGCAGCCACAAGUAUCUCAACACCAGAAAAACCAGCCCGGCCAGAGCCUCCGAGUCAAUCCUCGGAAUCAUCAAAGUGGCAGGAGCAGCACGUAUUGA